AUGCUACCUUCGUUACGGACAACAGCCCUCAUCGCUGCCAUCUUCCUCCCUUUGUCCUCCCUCGCGCAUAACAUCAACCUCGCCUCUCACACAAAAGAAUGCUUCCACGAAACCCUCCACAAAGAUGACAAGAUGACAGUCACAUUUCAAGUGGGCGAUAGAGAGUUUGGAGGAUCAGGAAAUCUAGAGAUAGACUUCUGGAUUCAAGACCCAUCCCACUACAAUUUCGUCCACCAGCACGGCGUCUCCUCCGGCGACCACAGCUUCGACGCCAAAACAGAUGGUAAACACGUCUACUGCUUUAGUAAUGAAGCUUGGUCGAGUACUACGAAAGAGGUCAGCUUUAAUGUACAUGGGAUCGUCUACGUGCCAGAGAGUGAGGCGCCGAGUGAUCCAUUGGAAAAAGAGGUGAAAGAUCUAAACAACCUCCUCAACCAGGUCAGGGAUGAGCAGAGCUACAUUGUGGUUAGAGAACGUACGCAUAGGAACACGGCUGAAAGUACGAACGCGAGGGUAAAGUGGUGGAGUGUGUUUCAAUUGCUGGUACUUAUUGGGGAGGGCAUCUUUCAAGUCUGGUGGCUGAAGAGAUUCUUUGAGGAGGAACACGGUGUUCUCGUGAAAUCCGAAUCAGGCAAAAAGCUGGCUUCUCAUUUCGAGCUCCAUUUAUACGCGAGCCCUACCGAUGGAGCCAGUCAAAUGGAUGCGGAACUUCAAACAAAAGAUUCCAAAUAG